GCCACAUUGCCGACCAGCUACUUUGUCCUUCACCGUCUCACCUCUUCACCAAAUUCUCUUGUCAGACGUUCAGGUGAUCGAUUGCAGAGCCGGGACAUCCUCACCCUGUCGUAUUACCCUCAGCUUGGCAGCGAACGUGAUUAAGGUGGCGCAGGUGCUGCGUCACCGGUCUGAUCGGGUAAGAUCAUUGAACCUUCAAAGCCGCCGCAACGCAACAACCUCGCCUGUCGUUGGAGCGCCAAUUCACAAGUCAGGAUGCCUACGGUACCGUUCAAGGUCAAAGCGGUUUUUGAGUACAAAUCGGAAGAGCCGGACGACUUGAACUUCGAGAACGGCCAGAUAAUCACAGUCACAGCAGAGGAGGACGAAGACUGGUAUGCCGGUGCAUAUGUGAACAGUUCAGGAGAGAAGAUAGAGGGCAUAUUUCCGAAGAACUUCGUCGAGAAGUACGAACCGGCGAUUCCUACCCGUCCCUCAAGAGCCCCUAAGCGUGCGCCUGCUCAAGAUGCUUCGGAACCUGUGCCAGAACAUUUGCCGGAAUCUCCAGCACCGCAGGCUGUCCUUCCUGCAGUUGAACCUGUACACCCGUCGCCACUAGAAGAAGCAGGCCCUCCCAAAGAGCUCUCCGAUCGUCUACACCUUGUCAAGGAGGAAGCACCUGAAUCUUCGUCUGCACCUAAACCGGCGGCACCUCCCAGCCCAACUAGCACCUUGAAAUCUCCUCCACCCCCUUCAACCUCGAAGCCUCCUCCACCUGUAGCCGAAAAGCCAACCUCAAGCUCCUUCAAAGACAGAAUUGCAGCAUUCAAUAAGCCUGCUGCAGCUCCUAUCACUCCUUUCAAGCCUGGGGGCGGUGCCGGCACAGGCUUCAUCAAAAAGCCCUUUGUUGCCCCUCCUCCUAGCAGAAAUGCCUAUGUCCCACCACCCCGUGAACAGCCGGUGCAGAAACCGUAUCGUCGGGAGGAAGAAGAUACAAGUUUGCAUGAGCAGGAAACGAAUGAGAAAGCAGAACACCCUGUUGCGCAGGAGGAACCUGAGGCUGAAGAUCAACCCAAGCCACAAAGUCUGAAAGAUAGAAUAGCCCUGCUUCAGAAGCAACAAUUGGAACAAGCUGCCCGAAAUGCCGAAAAGAAAGAUAAGCCUAAGAAACCACCAAAGAAGCGAGUCGAGCCUACGGAGACCAUCGAAGAGCCUGCACCAGCGGAGCCGUCAGUCCCAAUGCCGAGUACUGACGACGUUCCUCGCCGUCAAUCCGUUGAGCUUGCCGAGGAUGAGAGCGAUCGGGCUCCCCCAUCGCGUCGUGCAACAGGUUUGACGGGCGUCACACCGCAGCCUCAACCGGUUCGCGAACUCGUGAGCGACACGAAUGACGCCGAUGACUCGGGAGCUGGUGAUGACGAAGACGCUCAGGAGACGUCUACUGAGGAGGAACGACCAAAAUCAAAGGGCGUUGAUAAACGGAUUGUAGAGACAACCAAGCAGCCGGCGGCCGACGAAGCGGAUCAGGAAGAUGAUGAAGAGGAGGACGACCAAGAAGAAGAGGAAGAUCCUGAAGUCCGUCGAAGGAGGGAACUCCGUGAGAGGAUGGCGAAGAUGAGCGGAGGGAUGGGAAUGAUGGGCAUGUUCGGGCCACCAGGGGGUAUGGGUUCAGCUGGAACGAGGAAGCCAAAACCUGCAGAAUCCACAAAACCCUCAGAAACCCAGCCUCAGGAGGAGCCGCAAGAGAGAGCUGCACCCAUUCGAAUCAUGGCUCUGCCAGGGAUGUCUAACGCAGCGCCGACGCGACACGAAGAGCCUGCGGAGGACAGCGGUGAUGAGGACACUGCGCAACCUACCCCCCAAGAGUCCGUAGCGCAUGGCGACCAUAAUGACCAUGUUCCUCAUCCGUUAGAAAGACGCUCUACGGACAGGCCUGCUCCACCGCCACCUCAGGACCGAGCCGCACCUCCCGCACCUCCUCGCGAGACUAGAGUUGCUGCAGCAGCGCCGCCACCACCGCCUGCUGCCACAAGACCAAUGCCUCCUGUACCUCAGUCCCCAACUUCCCGACCUCCGCCUCCCCUGCCUCCGGCAGCCCCUACAUCUGGUGACGCCCGUGCUGACGACGAAGACGACGGGGAAUCAGACUUAUCCGAGGAAGACAAGAUCCCAAUGAAAUCACCAGGUGCAGAUACGCCGACCAGCCCAUCUGGCGUCCCACCUCAUCCCCCUUUAAGGGUUGCCGAGUCUCCGAACCUCGAGACAAAUGAUUUCACAACUGCCCCAGCCGCAGACAAGCGCACGAGUCGUCCUCCGCCUCCUGUUCCUGUGAGCCCAACGGCUGCAGCUCCUCAGACAAGAGCUCCACCACCCCCGCCUCCAGGUUUCCCGAGUCGCCGAUCAACAAGCGAUUCACGUGGCCUGAAUGUGCCUCAACCUCAAGCGGCUGAUGUCAGUGACGAAGACGAGGUCACUGAGUACGAUGGAGACUAUGACACCGAUAUCGCCUCCAGUGCGAAGCACAAAGACGCAUUGAAGGCCCAUAAUCGUGACUCAAGUCUUGACGAGGGAGUCCUCACCGAUGAUGCCAUGAAGUCACCAAAGAACCUGCCCACGAGGGCUGCACCUCCUAUGCCUCCCGUUCCUGCGCCAGCACCCCGAGAAGUGCCGCCGCCAUCCCAGCCUGUUCCUAACCGAAGGAGCUCCAUGGAUGCUCCUCGUGCGGCUCCUCCGCCAGUGCCUCCAUCUAAAGGAGGCGAUGAUGAGGAAUACGACCCAUACCGGUACUCUGCACCCCACCACGGCCCAUCUGCACAUCCAAGCAGAAAUCAGUACUCAAACAGACUACAAUCGCCAAAGGAGGAGCUUGAAGAGGAAGACUUGUAUGGAGCAAGUUCCCCACAAGGUUAUAUGCGACCCCAUCCAGCUGAAAGAAGUGCCCCACCACCUCCUCCGGAGAGGACCGAAUAUACUCAGCCUUCUACGGGCUUCGCCCCUCCCCCGCCAUCCGGAUCACCGCGAGGAUCUCUUGACGUCAAGAGAUCCGGCACAGUCUCGCGUCGUUCGAUAGAGCAGUCGCGCACAAGUAGUGAACAAGGUUAUAUCGCUCAUGAUCUGGAUCUGGGGAGAGGUACGAUGUGGUGGACGCAAGACAAUAUGCCACCCCCUUCAUUGCAAGGACGAUCAGAUGUCCUGUUUGAGAUGGAGUCCUCGUCUUCCACUAAGCGCGGAGGCCGAAACACUAUCUCGAAGGAUGUCUAUGUUCUGUAUAUGGACUAUUCCCAGACGACUAUCAACGCUAGUUUUGACGCGGUGGAUCCAUCGCACGUCACCUUGGAGCAGAAGCAUGAGCGACCGCCGCCGCCACCUAGGCGGGAUCAACUUGAAAAUGCGUCUGCACAGUAUGGCACUCAGAUAGCAAAAGCUGCUGCUGGCAUGGUGGGUUCAUCUGUCGCGGAUGGAUCUGCUCAAGGGCUUGUGCAUGAACUUUUGAGGCCGCAUUCGACGGCACUCUUACCGAUUGGGUCGAGGGCUUAUGGUGCUCUGGUCUAUGCUAAUCUGGGCAACGCCUCGACGCAACAAUACGACGAGAUUCGCCCUGGUGACAUUGUCACAUUCCGCAAUGCCAGAUUUGCGGGACAUAAGGGCAGUCUGCACGCGAAGUACAGCAUGGACGUGGGCAAGCCUGAGCACGUAGCUGUCGUGGCGGAAUGGGACGGUACAAAGAAGAAGAUUCGAGCCUUGGAGCAAGGAAGGGAUCUGGAGAAAGGCAAGAAGCCAAAGGUGAGAGAGGAGAGUUUCAAGGUCGGAGACCUGAAAAGCGGAGAGGUCAUGGUCUGGAGAGUCAUGCCUCGGACUUGGGUUGGUUGGGAUGCAGGCAAAUCAUAAGCCUCGAGGAUGGGAUGUUGCGCGAGCUUUUCGCACGAUAUGACGAUCUGUUCUCCUAUGGAGCAUUGUAGCGAGACUGGAGAAGAAGAAUAAAGAACUUUCACUCAUCAUCUACUCUGGUAUCGGCGAAGAAAGUACUUGGGCAUACUCCUCCUACGCUGAUAA